GGACUUUAGCAAGUCUACCUAUCCUGGCUUGCCGUCGACCUGGUACGGUGACAUCUUCAUGAGUGCUGCGGAGGAACUCGCCUUCGAUCCGCACCCUUGUCGGGCAUUCUUCAGCUUAAAGAUCAGGAUCCCCAACGCCGAGCUGCGAUUCACCAUCGUGAGGUACUUGAGCGGA